GUUCAACGAUAUUGCCAUUAUCGAGGUACCCGCGUUGCCCCUGUCAAAGGGAAAGGUUGAGACCAUGCCAUUGUACAAUGGGGCUAUCGGGACCAGGGUACCAAUGGGAAUUUACGGUUGGGGCACUAUUCGCUCGCACGGAACGGCCAACGACAACCCGAGCAGCUUGCUGACGCAGACGGUGUACACAUCUAUCCCGGAGGACUGCCAGGCUAUUGAACCAAGCUACAACGACGCGAACGGGCCGCAGAUCUGCGCCAACAACCACUACAACAUUGGCGUCGAUGUGUGCCAGGGCGACUCAGGCACGGGCACAACCAUCACGGCUGAGAACGGCAAGCAGUACCUGGCGGGCCUGGUCAGCUACGGGACAAACAAGCUUGGCGAAGCAACUUGUGGCGAGGACGGCAGCUUUGGCAUCUACAGUAAUGUAUUCUACCACCAGAAGUGGAUUGAGUCUGUCGCUGGAAUCAACAUCGCGUCAGGGCCGUUUAGCGAGCCGCAGGUCAGCCCAGCACCAGUCCCAGCAACGCCUACAGUUACGCCGAUGAAGCCGCCAACAUGCAUCUUCUUUUUGUGCUUCUAGAAUUUUCAGUAUCACUUAUUUUUCCUCGUUCAUUUUCUGAUCGUAAUUCUA